GGGUCCAGACUAGAUAAUAUAUUUUUGAAUUUUUUUAAUCAAUCUCUUUAUUUCCUGGAAUAUUUUUCCUGGAAAACUCAGUCCAUUUUCCCUCAACCCCAAUCAAAAAUUUUCCAUUUCCUUCAAUCUGGGUUCUAAAUGGGUCAGCACCAAUCAAAGGAUGAGUUGGUCUUCCAGCAAGUGAAUUAUGGCAACAUCGAAGGGAUUAAAGCUCUUCGGAGAGAAGGUGCAAGCCUUGAGUGGAUUGAUAGAGAAGGGAAAACGCCAUUAAUAUUGGCGUGUAUGAAUCCUGAGCUUUACAAUGUUGCCAAAAUUUUGAUAGAACUCGGUGCCAAUCCCAAUGCUUAUCGUCCAGGUCGGCAUGCUGGGACUCCUUUACACCAUGCAGCAAAGAGAGGCCUUCAGAAUACUGUCAAGUUGCUUCUGUCGCAUAGAGCAAACCCACUGGUGGUAAAUGAUGAUUGUCAAACACCUUUGGAUGUUGCCAGGGCAAAAGGGUUCAGCAAUGUUGUUCGUGCAAUUGAGGAUCAUAUUUGCUUAUUCUCUGGUUCGAUGCGGGAGUUUUAUGGGCCUGGAUUUCUGGAAGCACUUACUCGUCAACUGCUUUCAAGAAAAGUUUGGGUUGUUAUUUUACCAACUGGUUCUCGUAAUAUGUCAAAGCCUUUCAAAUUGGACCUAGCCAUAUACUCUGGGGAGCAGGAUGCCCAACCACGCACUAUCAUUGCAUUAUGGAAAGCUACUCUAGAGGAACCAAAGCCCAACCAGCCUGAUCCUUCAGUGAUAAUUCUUGAUAACUCAACAAAAACACGCAUUAAGCUUGCUCCUGCGAAGGAAAAUGACUGGCAGCAGCUUCAGUGGUUUUGUGAUGGAUGCAAAGGAAUUACUCAGGCAAUUCGUCCAGCCUUUCUGCAAAACUCUCAGCCUCCAGCUUCACAAGCAACUGCACCACCAGUUCCAGAUGCAGGGGAUUUACAAUUAGCAAUGGAACAGAAUGCCUCUAUCCAGUCUGCCAUUUCAGAGAAACCAGUGUUUGAUGUGCAGUCGAGCAGCGAAGCAAGUGCAUCCACAAGUAGGAAUGGCGCUCAAAGUACUGGAAGCCAGAAUAGUCCAGGUGCACUAGCGUCUUUGAUUCCUCCAAAAGCAAGCUGCAGUGAGUGGAAGGCACCUGAAGCUGGCUCUAGCAGCAGUGCAACUCAGGGCACGUGGAUCCAGAACAGUAACAUUCCUGCUGUCCCAGUUACAAAUCAAACCUCAGAUUUCAUCCCAUCAGCCCCACCAAUUGCAAAUGAGAUUAUAGAAGAUGGUCAUCCUAUUCACUAUCCAUCAAUCGAUACCAGCCCCAUUGAUUUAUCUACCCCAACUGAUGUUACUGACCCAAAGAACGAAGAUGGAAAUCCGUCAUCCUGUGUGAUAUGUUUGGAUGCUCCAUCUGAGGCUGCUUGCGUUCCUUGUGGUCAUGUUGCUGGGUGUAUGUCUUGUUUGAAUGAGAUUAAAGCCAAGAAAUGGGGUUGCCCUGUGUGUCGUGCCAAGAUUGAGCAGGUUAUAAAAAUCUAUCGUGUUUGACCAACAAAGCAGAACUUGUGCAAACUGUAUGUUGUUGCAGUGAUCCCCACAUCUCCAGAAUGCCUUUUCUCUUUAAUUAUGGAAAUACUGAAUCUGAAUAUUAGAAUCCUUGCUUGGUUAUGAGCCUUUUACCAGCAUCUCCUACUGUAUCCAUGGAGUUUGCAAUUAAAAGGAAAUGUAUUAUACGUUGCAUCAGCAACUUAUAGUCCGUUGCAAUUUGCAUUUGCAAUUGAACAUCACUCAGAACGCAUUUUGUCGGAUACUGUACUGUACAUUUUGUCUCUAUACAGAUCUUCCGUUGAAAUAUAUGCAUAUAGUUGGCUACAGCAUUGUGCAUCGUUUUGCUUCUGUGUGUUUCAGUAUUUGUUUGAAAGUCAUACUCAUAGCACCUCUGCCUAUUUUUGUUACUAUCUGUAUUCUUACUGGAUAUUUUUUGUAAUAUACGAAUGGUAAUUUA